CUCCCAUGUACAAGUUGAGCUAUACCAAGUGAAGAUUAGAAGUAAUAGUGCAAGUGAUACACUAGAAAAAAGAGAUAUGGGGAGGUGGUUUGUUAGUUUCAUGAUUGUUCUAGCAAUAGUGGCGGUUCACUCAAGUGCAAGAAGCACUCCUCGUCAUGAAGUAGUUCACAACACUGUAAAAAAUGUGCCCACUCGCUCGCCCACUGGUGCUGGCCUGGAUGAUCAAAAGAACUUCGUCACAUACGGGGGUGUUGGCGGUAUCGCUGGGGUUGGCUCUAACGGGCUUCCGUUCGGUGGAGUUGGGGGUCUUGGUGGAAUCGCUGGUCUCGGUGGUGCUGGUGGUUUAGGUGGUGGCAUCGGUGGAGUCGGUGGUCUCGGUGGUGCUGGUGGUUUAGGCGGUGCUGGUGGAUUAGGUGGUGGCAUCGGUGGUCUCGGUGGUGCUGGUGGUUUAGGCGGUGCUGGUGGAUUAGGUGGACUUGGAGGAUUGGGGGGUACUACUGGACUAGGUGGCCUGGGUGGUGCUGGUGGACUAGGUGGCCUGGGUGGUGCUGGUGGACUAGGUGGAGUUGGUGGCUUGGGUGGCGGAGUUGGUGGUGGCACCGGUGGAGGAGUUGGUGGUGGCGCUGCAGGAGGAGUUGGUGGUGGCGUGGGUGGUGGAGUUGGUGGUGGGACUGGAGUUCUUCCUUUCCCUUGAAAUGGUUGAGCUUUAGCCUUUAUAUUUUACUUAUUACUGGUCUUAGGGAUGUCCUGUUUUCGCAGUUAAGUGUUCGUUGUCUCUGUGAUAGAGGUUGUAUCUUUGUUUUGAUAUAUUUGGCUAUCCUUUAUUUUUUAGGUUUUGAUAACUCGUCGUUCCUAUGUAGCGGAAAAUAUUUUGCGUAAAUAAUUUCAUCGUGUGUUCUAUCUA